AUGCUGGCAAACGUUCAUGAAGUCUGGGACUAUGUGAAUCCAAAAGGAACCAAGAUUAAUACUAAGCCAAGAUUGGAAUUCCCAGACCCAAAAGACCUCAGACAAGAAGAACGAGCAAACUAUAGCAACGUUAUCAGCUAUGGAAAAGCUAUCUAUCAAGAAGAAAAAGACCAAUACAACCAGGUUCGGCGAAGUCUUCUAGAAAUUCACAGUUGGAUCAUGAACACUGUAGCAGCCACUUAUAUCAGCCAAGUCAGCAAGGAGCAAACAGUCAGGGAUAUCAUAAAAGCUCUUGAAAAACAGCUAGCGCCAGACAACUUUGGGAGACAACAAAUGGUAUUGGAAAGAUAUAACAAGCAUAUGCUAUCAAUCAAAAGAGCAAAACUUGGAGGAUGGCUCAUAAUCUAUCGAGAAAUCAUGGAUGAAGCCCAAACAAUCGGAAUCCCUGCUCUCAGCGAUCCAGUUACUCAAGUCUCUGAGUUCUUGAAAGCAGUCAAGCAAAUUGCACCAGAUUACUACACAUCUGCCUCUUACGACUUCACAAAGCGAUACAAGGAUGACCCAACCUACAGUUCGAUCAGCAAGACUGCUGGAAUUGAGCAAGCUAACGAUUUCCGCAGUUGGGUGAGAACUUUCCACCCAGACUGGUUGAAUGCUGCUCCAUUAAAAGACACGAGUUUCGCUACUUGGCAAGGAGAAAACGAACAAGGAAUAAAACAGGGGGCAAAACGAGAGCAAAAGUGUGCAGCUUGCCCAAACGAAAGUCACCGAUUUGUUGAUUGCAAACAUGCCAACCCUAAGAAGCGAGGCCCAAACUAUCAUGAAGAUAAUCCAGAAAAUAAGAAAGCACUGGAAAGAUUGAAUGAGUAUCUCCAGAAGAAACCACACUUAAAGAGAAUAGUUGAAAAACUACGAAAAGGGGCAAGCGAUCAAAACACUACACAAUCAUCAUCCCACUAUACUCAAGAAGUGUCUGAUGGAGAAGGAUCACUCUCAUCUUUCGUCACUAUCGUCAAUCAAGGAGAAGCAAGUCUCUAUUCAGGAUUCCCACUGUCAGACAGUGUGAUAGUAGACUCAGGAACAGGAUUCCACAUCUGCAACGACUCCUCAAGACUUCAUGAUCUCGACUACACAGUCACAAAAGACUUCACCACUGGAGGAGGAGAUGUACAUGCAAUUGCGAAAGGCACAAUGAUCAUCAAACCAAACCAAGGCGGCAAAUCCAACAACAAGGAGAUCAAAGUCAGAAAUGUAUGGCUUGUGCCUGGAUACCCAACAUCGCUCCUUGGGACAGAACCGCUGAAGCAAAAAGGGAUCAUCUUUACAACAGGAAUACCGGGUCUUAUCGACUCAAAAGGCAGACUUCUAUUCAAAACACCAAACCGAUAUGGUCAAUACAUUAUUGAAGCUGGCCCAGCUCUGCUGAACAAUACCUCGUUCAGCAAUACCGAGAAGACUGUGAGAUUCAGCCCAACCGUAGAAAGGAAACCAACCAAAGGUUUUCAGUCAACAAGACAACCACUCCCAACAUCAUCAGCAGAAGCCAAGUUGUGGCAUGAGAGACUUGGUCAUCCAGGCGCUGAGGGACUGGAACAGCUACUUAAAACAGCUCUUGGGAUACAGAUAAAAGGAAUCACAAAAGUGGAAUGUGAUGCCUGUGCUGUUGGGAAGGCAACUCGCCAAAUUUCCCGCAGAAACCCAGACCAUUGGCCAACUGCUGUAGGAGAUUAUCUAUCUCUCGACUUCUUUACACUUAGCAAAGCAUACAAUGGGGAGAAGGUAAUCCUGCUGGUCAGCGAUGGCUGGUCAGGGUUCUUCUGGAUAAGAACUCUUCGUACUCGAAAGGAGGGACUACAAGCUAUGACAGAAUUAGCAGCAUACCUCGAGAGACAGUGCUUUAUCAAAAUCUCUAUUCUACGCCUAGAUUGGGAGGUUGCUUUACGCAAUGCGUUUGAACUAUGGGCAGCUGUGAAUGGAUAUAUGAUUGAAAGAUCAGCUGAGUACACUGGUGCUCAAAACCCAGCAGAAAGAGCUGGAGGUGCUGUGUUUAUGAUCAUGAGAGCACUUCGAUUUCAAUCUCGCUUUCCUGAAUUGAUGGCACCAGAGCUGGCAAAAGCAGCAGUUUAUCUGUCAAACAGAUUGCCUCGAAGACGCCACAAGUGGCAGACACCAUUGGGGUUGGUCAACACUUGGCUGAACUCUCAUCAACAGUCUACCCACAAGAGGGCUGAAAAGCCACAACUAGCACACUUGAGGCGAUAUGGCUGCAGAGCUUACCCCUUGACACAAAACUACAAGAGAGGAAUAGAAAAGUCAAACAAAACUGCGCCAAGAGCUCAUAUUGGCUAUCUAUGUGGUUAUGACAGCACAAAUAUCUACAGAAUCUGGAUCCCAGCAAUAGGAAAAGUCAUGAGAACUAGAGACGUUACUUUCGACGAAAACACGCUGUAUGAUCCAAGGAUUGAGGAUACCAGCAAGUUAAGCCAAAUGGAACUUGAAUUCCAGUUCACAGAAAUGGAUAUCCCAUUCACAAAUCCAAUUGAACAAGACCUAGACACAGCUGGCUGGGAUGGAGAAGAUUUCAGCGAUAAUAUUACCGGGCCACUACCCGCCUCGAAUCCAGCCGCUCAAGAAACAACACCGGCAACACCGAUGCAGGAGAAAGAAUCAGGGGAUUUUCAAUUACCUACACCCACUUCUCUAUCACCAACAGUACAGCUGUCAGAUUCUCAAACAACUGAGGGGGUGAGGGAGACUCCAGAAACUCCAGAAGUAUCGCCAACUCCAGAACAAUCGGAUCAAAGUGAGACCAUAGAGGAAACCUCAACAGACCGACUCGAACUACAACAGACACCAGUCAUAGAAUUGGAACCAGAAGAAAUCAUACCACAAGAUUCCUCCACAGUAAUCCCAAACAUAGCGAGAAGGGGAAGACCUCGUGGCAGCAGAAAUCACAACAUCUACAAUCGAUCAGCCCCUCUUGGUCAAACAAAUCAACAGCCACCAGAAGCAACAAGAUCAUCACAAAGACUGAGAAGAGCAAGAGAAUCCCACUUCACACUGCAAUCUACGGAUACAGUAAAAGGAAGAGAUCAAUGGGAUGCAUCAGCAGAUGAUUUAGGCAAUCCACACCAAAAGACACUUCCACCAGUUCCAAAGAAUUACAGUGAAGCGAUCAAACACCAAUACAGUCACAAAUGGAUUGCUGCAAUGAAUAUUGAGAACAGAUCACUAUGGCAAAUGGGCACGUUUGAAAUGAUUGAUCUUGGCAAUAUUGAUCAAGACACUCAGCGAAUUAUCCCAUUGAAGUGGGUAUUCACAUAUAAGGGCAGCAAAGGAUAUCUCAAGAAGUUCAAAGCGAGGAUCUGUGUUCGAGGAGAUCUCCAACCGACAAAUGAACUAGAGACCUAUGCCUCAACGCUUGCUGGUAUAUCGCUGCGAAGUCUCAUGGCAAUUGUGGCGAGAUUUGACUUAGAGACUCUUCAAUUGGACGCAGUCAACGCAUUUACACAUGCCACAAUUGAUGAGGAAGUCUAUGUUUGGUUUCCUCCAGGAUUCAGACAAGAGGGAUACUGUCUUGCCCUGCGAAAAGCACUAUAUGGAUUGAGACGAAGCCCACUGCUAUGGCAAAAGAAUCUGGAGAGAUCAUUCAAGAAGCUUGGCCUUAUCCCACUCCAAGAAGAUGACUGUAUCUACACCAAUCAAUACUUCAUAGUAUUCCACUUUGUGGACGAUAUUGGGGUUAUAUACCAUAAAAAGCAUGAAACCAAAGUAAAAGAAGCAGUUCAACAACUCAAAAAGGAGUAUGAAAUGAAAGAUAUGGGAGAAUUGAGUAUCUUCCUAGGAGUCAGAAUAAUAAGAGAACGAAAAACCCGUCAACUAUGGAUGAGUCUCGACAACUAUAUAUCUAAGGUCACUGAAGAAUUCAAGAUCAGAACCUCAACCAAGCGACGCCAAACACCUAUGGCAAUAGAUAACCUGGUCCCAAGUCCUGGUCAGGCUACGCCAGAGGAAAUCAACUACUAUCAACGGAAGGUUGGAUCAAUCAACUAUGCUGGAGUGAUUGGCAGACCAGAUAUAGCUCGAACAAGCUCGAGACUAGCAGAAUUCCUAUCAAAUCCAUCUUCUGAACACCAGAAAGCAGCAUAUGAAUGCUUACAAUAUCUUGAGGACAACAAAUACCUCGCUAUCGAGUUCAACUGCAAAGGGAAAGGAGUCCUCUACUGCGCCUCAGACGCUUCAUUCGCUGAUGACUCUGUCACUCGAAAAAGCACUCAAGGAUAUGUGAUGAUGCUAUUCGGAGGUCCAAUUCAUUGGAAAGCAGUCAAACAACGAAGAGUAGUCACUUCAAGCACAGAAGCUGAGCUUGCUGCUUUGACAGCAGCCACAAGAGAAUAUAUGGCAACCAUUCGACUCAUGGAACAAUUGAAUCUCCAAUUAGAUGAUAAAUACAUCAUGCAAUGCGACAAUAAGCAAACUCUUCGACUAUUGAUUGCUGAAAGACCCCAAGCGACUAGCAAAUUACGCCAUAUCAAUAUCAACAACUUAUGGCUUCGCCAGGAAUUACAGAAGGGAUCAAUUGACUUUCAAUGGGUUCCAACCAACGAAAUGGUGGCAGACGGUAUGACUAAAGCAAUGCCAGCCCAAAAACACAACCACUUUAUCGCCCAAUUGGGUAUGGCGAAUAUUGAACAUUUGAUCGAGAAGAACGCAGUAUGA